AUGCCCACGAUGUAUUCCUCAAUAGGAUAUCCAUCCAUCGUGAUCCUUUUGCUGGGAUUGGCAGUCUGGAAACUUCUCAAGGUCGGGCGCAGGCCUGCGGGCAUGCCUCCUGGCCCUCCGACAAUACCACUGCUGGAUGCCGAGAAGCGACGCUCACGUACAGUUCCUGAGAUGGGCCGAGGAAUAUGGUCCUGUGUAUACUCUCAUGCUUGGUGCUCAGCCGCUGUUGUACUGUCAUCGGACGUUGCCGUCAAGGACCUUCUGGAUAAGAAAGGCAACAUCUAUUCAGAUCGGCCCAGCAUGUUCAUCGGUCAGAACAUCGCAAGCGGUGGGCAGCGCUUGAUACUUAUGAAAUACAACGACACAUGGCGAACAAUCCGAAGCCUGGUACACAACGCGCUGAACAUCACCGUCGCCGCGAAAUACGUUCCUUACCAAGACCUUGAAAACAAGUUCCUCCUUGCAGGCUUACUGGACACCCCUGAGCAGCUUCUCGACCACCUCAAACGCUUCAGCUAUUCAGUCUCGACUCAGAUGUUGUUCGGCUUCCGAUGCCCCAGCUCUGACGAUCCCAAGCUGGCUCGCCUUUUCUACACUUUGGAGCGGUUCGGCAAAGUCUCUGCGAGUGACGCCGCGCAGCUAGCCGAUUGUUAUCCGAUACUACAGAAGCUGCCUCAUUCCUGGCUGCCCGAAGUUAAGGCUGCCAGGCAGAUUCACGAGGUCGGACGGCAUCUUUACACCAGUCAUUGGUUGGAAGCCAAGAAGGCCCUCGAGGAUGGGACCGCGCUUCCAUGCCUCUGCAACGAUCUCCUUCUUGCCCAAAAGAGCGAAUCAUUAUCAGACGAAGCAGUCGGUUAUAUUGUUGGGAAUUUGCUCGAAGGCGGCUCUGACACAACUGCGUCGACGAUGCUGGGUUUCGUCCAGGCCAUGAUGGUGUUCCAAGACGCGCAGAAAAAGGCACGUGAGGAGAUUGAUCGAGUCGUUGGCCCCAACCGGCUGCCAGAGAUCGAUGACUACGCUGACAUGCCUUACAUUCGCUGCUGUAUCAAGGAGACGUUACGUUUUAUGCCAACGGUCAUACUCGGUGUGCCUCAUCGUGUCAUGCAGGACGAUGUCUACAACGGAUAUAAGGUUCCUAAGGGAACGACUAUAUUCACUAACGUUUGGGGCAUCCACAUGGAUCCCGCCCGAUCUCCUGAGCCGCGACGAUUCAACCCAGACAGAUAUGCAGGCGACGCAACAACACUGUACCAAUCCGCCAACGGUGAGCCGCUCCUGCGCGACAACUUCAAUUUCGGAGCAGGCCGACGCCUGUGUCAAGGCAUCCAUAUCGCUGAGCGGUCACUGUUCCUGGGCAUGUCACGCAUCCUGUGGGCUUUCAGCCUCGAAGCACCGCUCGACGACCGAGGCAAGCCUAUCAUUCCCGAUGUUGAUAAUCUGGUUGGUGGGAUAACGGUUCACCCUGCACCAUUUGGUAUCAACAUUGUGCCAAGGAGCCCUGAGCGUGUUCAGAUUGUUCGGGAUGCCGUGAAGGACUGCGAGAAGCUAUUGCAUCCUACCACUGGCCAGUGGAAGGCUGUGCCGGAAGGUAUGGCGUUUGGGGCUUGGAAGCCGAGGAAGGAGUGA